AUGGCCCUCCUUCGGCGAAUGAACUUCGUAGACUCCCAAAUGGGAGGAAUAUUUGAAUCCAUCGAAAGCGGCCCGUCGGGAGCAGAAGAACUCGCCUUUAAAUUUGCCUUGAACACAAUCAACAGGAACCGCACCCUGCUGCCCAACACCACGCUCACAUAUGACAUCCAGAGAAUAAACAUCUUUGACAGCUUUGAGGCCUCCAGAAAAGCCUGUGACCAGCUGUCCUUGGGGGUGGCAGCCAUCUUUGGCCCCUCUCACAGCUCAUCAGCUAACGCAGUCCAGUCCAUUUGUAAUGCCCUGGGGGUGCCCCACAUCCAGACUAAGUGGAAGCACCAGGUGUCGGACAACAGGGACUCGUAUUACGUCAGCCUCUACCCGGACUUCCAGUCCCUCAGCCGGGCCAUCCUGGAGCUGGUCCACUUCUUCAAAUGGAGGACGGUCACUGUGGUCUAUGACGACAGCACAGGUCUUAUUCGGUUGCAGGAGCUGAUCAAGGCACCCUCCCGAUACAACAUUCGUUUGAAGAUCCGACAGUUGCCGGCGGAGGCCAAGGACGCCAAGCCACUUCUGAAAGAGAUGAAGAAAGCAAAGGAGUUCCACGUGAUCUUUGACUGCAGCCACGAAAUGGCCGCCUGGAUCCUGAAACAGGCUCUAGCCAUGGGAAUGAUGACGGAGUACUACCACUACAUCUUCACCACGCUGGAUCUUUUCGCUUUGGAUAUGGCGCCGUAUCGGUACAGCGGAGUCAACCUGACGGGUUUCAGGAUCCUAAACACUGAAAACUCUCAGGUGUCAUCGAUCAUCGAGAAGUGGUCCAUGGAACGCCUUCAAGCCCCACCCAAAGCGGACUCAGGCCUCCUGGACGGAUUCAUGACGCAAAGACGUUAA